AUUGAUCACCGGAUCAGCAGCAGCUGGUCUUAGGUGCUAUUUUCACUCUUCAUAAAGUGAUGGGCAGCCACUGCCUGCCAUGGAAUACAUUCACUCCAAACUGACCCAAGGUACAAAAUGAAGUCCACAGGGAGCGAGAAAGGAGGCCACCCGGACAGCUAUGCCUUUGAUCUGGAUGAACUUGAAAGUGGCAGUGAAAGCUCUGACAAGUCCAUCAGUGGCUGCAGUCAGCUUGAUGGCAAAGGGAAGCGGAAGAGGAAGAGCAGCCAAGCAGGGAUCAGUAAGCAGCGGCAGACAGCGAACGCACGGGAGAGAGACAGGACUCACAGUGUGAACACUGCCUUCACAGCGCUUCGGACUCUUAUCCCAACAGAGCCUGCAGAUCGCAAGCUCUCCAAGAUAGAGACCUUGCGCCUGGCUUCAAGAUACAUUUCUCAUUUAGCAAACAUCCUCCUCUUAGCACAAGACUGUCUAAAUGGAGAGCCCUGUUUAAAAUAUCAAGCCAUUUUCAAUGGCACCAGUAUAAACAACCCAGCACCCAGACAAAUAUGCACUUUCUGUCUCAGCAACCAGAGGAAAAUGCUCAGAGAUGGGGAAAAGCAAUCAUCUGUUUGAUGUAGAAACAGUCCAGUUUCAGAUGGCAAGCAUGUGCUACUGUGUCGUGUACAGUAUGGAAGUACUGUUUAGGUUUGGUGCUAUUAUUUUUGUGUGU